AAGCCCCAAAUAGAGAGAACGGUCUUUGCUGCAACAUUAACAUCGUAUGUGCUGUCGGAAUCCCUAAGUUUUCUUCUUUUCCACAUUGUACAGUGAAUCACCGGUGGAAAUUAACAAAACCACUCACAAAUUUCUCAGUCUUCCUUUCUUUAAGCCUGAAAUGCUUCAUCUCCUCACACUCCUCGUCCUCCUCUCCGCAGCCACGGCCGCCCAGAAAAACUCCAUCUUUCUCCUCGCCGGACAGAGCAACAUGUCCGGCCGAGGCGGCGUCACCGGAAACAGUUGGGACCACUUCAUCCCUCCGGAGUGCCAGCCGAGACCGGACAUCCUCCGCCUCAACGCCGGCCUCCAAUGGGAAAAAGCGGUUGAGCCCAUCCACGCCGACAUCGACGUGUAUGCAACGUGCGGCGUGGGGCCCGGCAUGCCGUUCGCGCACGCCGUCUUGGCUGCCGGCAGGGUGGCGACCCCAGUCCGUCUGGUGCCUUGCGCCGUCGGAGCUACGCGGAUCCGCGAAUGGGCUAGGGGAACGGCGUUAUAUCUUAACUUGAUGCGGCGCGCAAGUGCGGCGAUGGCGGAAGGAGGGAAGCUGGCGGCGGUGCUGUGGUAUCAGGGUGAGACUGAUACGAUUUCCAGGGAGGAUGCGGUGGCUUAUGGGGGAAGGAUGAAGACUCUGGUUUCCGAUCUGAGGCGGGAUUUGGGGGAUCCGGAUCUGCUCAUUAUUCAGAUCCGCCUCUUAGACCGGAAGGCAACAAUCCUACUCACAUUUCGCCUCUGCUCAUUACUCCCGUGACAACUCAAAAGACUACUGACACAAUCCAAAAGGCUGCUCUCGGCAAUCCUCAGCUGGACAAUAUCACACCUCCUCCCCAACACAAUUCACAGCCAUCCCGUGAACCGCAGACUAGUCCAGCCGAAAGCUGUCCAGCUAGCCCUGCGCCAGCAACUCGUCACCCAAUGCAAACGAGGGCCAGAUCAGGGAUAUACAAACCUAAGCAGUUUUUUGACUUGUGUACAACAACAACAACACAUAACCAGUCUCCUUCUACUUACGCUCAGGCGUCUAAACUUCCCCACUGGCAAAAUGCAAUGAUGGAGGAAUUCCAGGCUCUUCAACGACAACACACCUGGACGCUUGUUCCACCUCCUCCCACCGAUCCCAUUCUAGGUUGUAAAUGGACAUUCAAGACAAAAGUUCUCCCGAACGGCAAAAUAGACCGCUACAAGGCUCGCCUAGUCGCUCAAGGAUUCGAUCAGCAACAAGGAAUAAAUUACUCAGAGACUUUCAGUCCUGUUGCAAAGAUGACAACCAUUCGGGUCUUACUCACGUUGGCUCUGCAUCGUGACUGGCAGAUUCUUCAACUGGACAUAUCAAAUGCGUUCCUCCAUGGUGAUCUGUCCGAAAGAGUCUAUAUGAAACAACCUCCUGGUUUCAUCGACUCAAACCAUCCGACUCAUGUCUGCAAACUUCAGAAAUCUAUCUAUGGCCUCAAACAGGCGCCUCGUCAAUGGUUUCAAAAGCUCACCUCUCAUCUUCAGCAUUUUGGGUUCAGGUUUAGUCGUUCUGACCCAUCCCUUCUUAUAUUUCAACAAAACAGCAUUCAGAUCUUCUUCCUCAUUUAUGUCGACGAUAUACUUGUAACAGGGAACGAUCAGCCCAUGAUUCAGUCACGUUUACAUCAGCUCAAAUCUACAUUCGCGCUGAAGCAGCUAGGACCUGUUUCACUGUUUCUGGGCAUACAAAUCAGCAAAACCGAUUCCGACUAUUUCCUUCAUCAAACACAUUAUGCAGAACAGCUCCUCCAAACGGCCAAAUUGGAGGAAUGCAGUUCGACUCCGACACCCAUCACCCCGUCAAAAGGGACUUCAGAAAACUCCAAACAACUCUUCUCCGAUCCUACCCUCUAUCGCAAGCUCGCCGGAUCUCUACAAUAUCUCACCAUCACUCGUCCAGAUAUCGCAUUCGCCACAAAUCGCUUAUGUCAGCAUAUGCACAAACCUACUGAGCAACAUUUCAAAUCCCUCAAAAGAUUACUCCGGUAUGUCAAAGGCACCAUCAACUAUGGCCUUCCUCUCACUCGUGGGAACCUUCAGCUCACCUCAUAUACGGAUGACGAUUGGGCAUCCGACAGUGACGACCGCAAAUCUAUCUCAGGAUUCUGCACAUUUCUCGGCGAUACACUAAUAUCAUGGACUGUUAAAAAGCAGCCAACUGUCGCUCGAUCUUCUACAGAAGCGGAGUACCGGGCUCUAGCUGCUGCAACAACCGAAGUCCUGUGGCUGCGUCGUCUGGUAGAAGAACUUCAUAUUCCUCAAAACUCUCCUACAAAGAUCUACUGUGACAACACCUCCGCCAUAUCUCUAGCCAAGAAUCCGGUCUUUCACGCACGGACAAAACAUAUAGAAAUCGACCAUCAUUUUAUCCGCCAACAUCUUAACUCCGGCUCCAUCACUAUUCACAUAUAGCCUCAGCCGCUCAGAUCGCCGACGUCCUCACCAAGCCACUACCAACAUCACAGUUUGAAGAAUUACGAUACAAAUUGACCAUUCGGCCUCCGAAUGCUCAAUUUGAGGGGGUCUCUUAACGUUAUGUACACGUCAGACAUUAUUAUAUGGCUUCUUUGUAAUUACCGGGAUCCUCUUUCCUCUCUCCAAGUCUAUAUAUGUAACUCCACAUUCAUUAAUAAGAUUCAUCUUUUCCAUUAUUUCCUUUACUGUGUUUCGCUUCCACUAGGAGCCCUUCUCGGCUCAGCUACUCUUUCAUGGUAUCAGAGCAAGGCUCUGCCAUGGCAGAUCAAGAUUCCUCUGCAACUCUGUCUCCCUACCCCACCAACGUCACCAAUACCGUUCAAGAACUCGUCAUCCCUCCUUCCCUCAAGUUUCUCAUCUCAAAUCUCAAGAAUCUUGUUCCAACUCCCCUGUCGUCCGACAAUUUCCCUAUAUGGCGCUCUCAGCUUCUUCAACACUUCUCGGCAAAUGGGUAUGCCGGAUUCCUCACUGGUGACAUUCCCUGCCCGCCGGAUUCAUCUACCGCUGAUCAACAAAAAUGGAGACUCAUCGAUCACAACUUGAUCUCUGCCUUAUACUCCACCAUUUCGCCAGCCAUUCUCCCCUUCGUUCUUUCGUCAACCACUUCUCAAGAAGUCUGGCAGAUUCUAAAUAGACGUCUGCAAUCUACGAACCGUUCAAGAGUGAUCCAACUCAAGAACGAGUUGCAUCACAUUCAGAUGCGGAACUCUUCAAUGCAACAGUACUUGAUGCAAAUCAAGACGCUGGUUGACAACAUUGCAACCUCGGGCUCUCAGCUCGACACUGAAGACAUAAUCCUCUACAUUUUGAACGGCCUCCCCUCUACCUACAACUUGUUCAAAACAGCGAUUCGGACCUCCCUCAAUCCCAUCGAUCUUG